AUGUUGGGAGAUCCAGCUCGGCGCAAUCAGAAGCUCAGAUGCACCUACUACCAAGACAGGGGGCACAUGACUCAGAACUGCAGGGCACUGAAGCAACACUUGGAAGACUUGGUGGCAGCUGGACACCUAAAAGAUUACAUUGAUCAGGAUAAGGAAGUGACCGAAUUGGGAAACCCACUGCCAGAACCAAACAUUGAGCAUCCACCUCGGCUGAUAAUAAAUAUGAUCCACGGGACAGCGACUCAAGAGUCCGAGGAGGCACUGAAGGAAGAGAUCGCUAAGGCUGCGCAAAUUCAGCGGGUCAUGUUAGUGGAGCCUACAUCGAAAAAGCACCCACAUACUGAUGCAUUAAUUAUAACUGUGGAAAUUAGGAAACGGUUUGAUGUAAAACGAGUCUUGGUAGAUCAAGGUAGUAUUGCAGAUAUAUUGUAUUAUGAUUUGUUCAGAAAGCUUGGUCUCUCUGAGCAGCACCUCACCCCGGCGACAGCCCCGUUGGUCGAUUUCAAUUCACAGCCAGAAUGGCUGCUUGGCAGAAUAGUGUUGCCAGUCGUAGUGGGAAGAAAAACCCUCUAG